CGGCGUCGGCGGCGCGCCUCUCGCGCGCGUUCACGCAUGGCGCACGCGGCUGGCGCGCAACGAGCGAUCGUCGGGCGCGCGCGCGACGCGAGCGGUCGCCGAUUGACGUCGCGCGCGCGAACGAUCGCCCGACGCGACGGCGUUGGACGUGCGAACGCCAUGCGCGUGCGCGCGAGCGCGAACGACGCGAUGCGGGUCAAGAAGCUUCAAAAUGGGUCGGACAUUCGCGGCGUCGCGCUCGACGGCGUCGAGGGGGAGGCGAUCACGCUGGACGCGGCGACGGCGAGCGCGAUUGGACGCGCGUUCGCGGAUUGGUUGAGAGCGAGAAAUCCAAACGCGAAGGACAUCUCCGUGGGCGUCGGGCGCGAUCCGCGAUUGAGCGGGGAAACGCUCAGGGAUGGGAUGUUCGCCGGCAUGGUCGAGGGGGGCGCGAGGGUGAUUGAUAUGGGACUGGCGACGACGCCGGCGUGCUUCAUGGCGUGCGUGACUGAGGGCGCCAAGUACGACGGGAGCGUGAUGCUUACGGCGUCGCACUUGCCGUUUAAUCGAAACGGGAUGAAAUUCUUCACGAGUGAGGGUGGUCUGGAUAAACCGGAUAUUACGGAUAUCUGCGCGCGCGCGGCGGCGUACGUCGAGGCGGGCGUCGGGAGCGUGACGGCGCCGAGCGGCGUCGUCUCGGCACCGUUUUUACCGACCUACGCCGCGCAAUUGUGCGAUAUCAUUCGAAAAGGUGUGAACUUCACGGAUAAUUACGACAAACCUUUGACUGGGAUGAAGAUUGUCGUCGAUGCCGGGAACGGGAGCGGCGGUUUCUUUGCGGAUAUGGUUCUCGAAGCGCUCGGUGCCGACACCUCGGGCUCGCAGUUUCUCGAUCCGAAUGGCAACUUUCCGAAUCACAGUCCCAAUCCGGAAGACAAGGAGGCCAUGGCGGCGGGUGUACAGUGCGUGUUGAACGCAAAAGCGGAUCUCGGGAUCGUGUUCGACACGGACGUCGAUCGAAGCGCCGUCAUCGAUUCGAGCGGCAAAGAAAUCAACCGCAACAAACUCAUCGCGCUCCUGUCUGAAAUCGUGCUCAAAGAGAGCCCAGGCGCGACGAUCGUCACAGACAGCGUCACGAGCGAUGGCCUUCACAAAUUUAUCACCGCCAAGGGUGGGAAACACGUUCGAUUCAUGCGUGGAUACAAAAAUGUCAUCAACAAAGGGAAGGAGCUCAACGCAUCGGGCGUCGUGACGCCGUUGAUGAUUGAAACGAGUGGGCACGGUGCGAUGAAGGAAAACUACGACUUGGACGAUGGUGCAUACUUGGCUGUGAAAAUUAUCAUCGAAGCCGUACGCAGACGUCUGGCGAACGAGCCGUCGAUAGGCCAAGUCCUCGAGACGCUCGAGGAGCCGCUUGAAGAAGCCGAAGUGAGACUUAAGAUUGCCGAUCCCGAUUUUAAAGCGUACGGUUUGAACGUCAUCGAAAACCUUCUCGCAGCCGUAAAUGAUCCUGCUCACUCUUUAUUCGGCAAGUGUAAGCCGGCGCCGGACAACUACGAAGGCUUGCGAGUUUGCGUAGACGAGGGCGAUGGCAGGCAAGGGUGGUUUCUCCUUCGCUGCUCGCUUCACGACCCAGUCAUGGUGCUCAACUUCGAGUCACAAACGCAAUGCGGCGUACAAACCAUGGCGGAGGAGUUUGGGACUUGGAUUCUAGACGAGAACUACGAUAAGCUCGACGGGUCCGCCGUGUACGCACUCUACGACACGAAGGACUGUCCAAUGUAA